AUGUCCUUUUCGGCAAGGAAAAUAAACAAAUAAAGAAUUUUAUGGAUAAAUGUGUUACUGAGAAUAUCAGACAAAUUUAAAUUUAAAAAGUUGUUCCAGUAUUUUCUGAAGUUGUUACUUUUAUAGUUCUGUUUUCCUUUUUACUAAUAAAUUCAGUAAGCAUAAUAUCAUUAGUGGGUGAAUUUUUGUGCUAUCUAACAUCGUUUUCAUUAAAAAUAAAUAUUCGAAUUACGGCUAGUGCAUAAUGAUUUUAUCAAAGGUGAUCAAUGCUGGAGCAUGCAUUGGAAGUGUGACUGCCUUAUAUUCUGUUUCUCAUAAUGUGACUGCUAAAGCUAUGGUUGACUGCCAUGAAUGCAAUAUGAAGCGACUUCCAAAAGCAAGAGAACUGCCACUUUAUGACAAGAAUGAUGAAGAUUUUACUGUAGAAUAUGAUGAAAAAUCAAAAAUGCCUUUAAUUAAUGAAAUCUCUGUGGUCAGAGUCCAGCUUUCUGGAAUAGCGUCUUAUUUAAAUGUUGUUAAAGACCAAGCUGUGCAUAUAUAUGAAACUGGUGUUGCCCAUUCCAAAGGUACAUAUGAUUACAUAAUUAGUGAAGAAAACAAAAUUCCGCGCAUUUUGGCAAUUUUCUCUGGAGGUUUACUUGGCAUAAUUUUUGCUCGAAAAGGUGGUUAUUUUAAGAAAACAUUAUAUUUUACUGUGGGAAGUGGACUUGUAUGUACUGCAUUUUAUCCUGCCGAAAGCAAGGAUUAUUUUGUCAAUGGCUUUGAAUUUACAAAACAUCAUACAUUUAAUGCCUUAGAAAAAUAUGCUGGUUACGAUGCGCAGAAGUUAACUGAGAAAACUAAUGAAAAGAUUGAUUAUGUCAAAAAUACAUUAAAAGUUGAAGGUUUGACAAAUACUCUAAAGGAAUGGUUUGAGAAAAAUAAAGAAACUGUUUCUAAAACUUUAAGUAAUGUUACUGGCACCAGCUCUAAAGGUACAGAAAAGGAACCUGAGAAAAUAUCUAAAUAGGAUAGUUGAAAUUUUUUAGUUUAUUGUUAAUGUAUUUUACAAAAAGUGCAUUAUGUGAUUUUUGUAAUGAAGUGAAAAAUGUAGAUUUCUAUUAAAAAGUUUAGUUUUGCUCUUCA